UCUAACUAAUCCUAAUCAAAGUCCAAAAACUAAUAUCUAUUUGUAUAAUCCCCCAAAUUUCCCAAUCUUCUCACAUGAAUUUAGGGUUCCUGAUAUCCCCAAAUUCCCUAGACUCGAACCUGUCUUCCCCACCCCCUUCUCUCUUCGAUUUCCUUUAUCCCAUCCAUCUUCUUCCCUGGACUCGAAUCGCCUAGCUUUGUUUCGUUCUCAUCGAUCUCCUUCGUCUUUCCCCUCUUCUGUUGUCCUUCAUCUCGAUCUCCUUCGGUUUUUCGCCAUGAAUGCUUCAUCCGCAUCCUCCUGUUGUUCCAGGCAAAGAAGUGCAGGUGCAAGGGCAAAAUGUCAAUGUGGAGUUCCCCUAAUGCUAUACAUUGCUGGUACUCGUGAGAACCAAGAUAGGAGAUUCCUUAGAUGCAGAAAUUGGCAGAUUCCAGGAACAUGUGACUUUUUCUAUUGGAUUGAUGAUCCAGUUGAGGGAAGACAACCACAUGUAGAGGUACAGGCUGAGACUAUGAGUUCUGAGAUUGGCAAUUCAUCCAACACCAACUCUGUGCCGCAUGUUCCAAAUUUGAAGAAAAAGAUCAAAAAGCUGAAGAAGAAACUUGAAGUAGAGAAAGUUCACAAGAAUCUUGCAUGUUUGAUUGCUUUGAUGUGUUGUAUAGUCACAGUGUGGUGUUUAUGUAGGGGGAGGGUUUGAAUUGUAUAUUGUUUUGAGUGGUUGUUGAGUGGUGGUUGAAGAGUGUUAGGGAUUUCAUGUUGUUAGCAGUUCUGUCCUUAUUGAUGUAUCCUGAAUUGAUCUUCAUGAAAUUGAACAA